AUGCACCAGUUACUCUCUGAGCUCGAACAUUGUCAUUCACACAGUAUCAUUCAUCGUGAUAUCGAAUGUGCAAACCUCUUAGUUAACAAUGAAGGGAUUCUAGAGAUCUUUGAUUUCGGUUUAGCUAACACUUGGAAUCCUGAACUUUUUCUUGGCAAGCCUCUUUUACAAGGAAGAACUAAGGUUGAGCAACUACAUAAAAUAUUUAAGCUUUGUGGUUCUCCACCUGAUGAAUUUUGGAGGAAUUCUGACCUACCUCAUGCAACAGUUUUCAAGCCUCAACGACUUUAUGUAAAUUGCAUCAAUGAAACGUUUGAGUGUUUACCAGAUGGUGCAUUAAGGUUGUUGGAAACGUUUUUAUCUAUUGUACCCAAUAACCGUGGCUCAGCUUCCUCUGUCCUUAGUUCUGAGUAUUUCAGGACUCGGUCAUAUGCAUGUGAACCAUCCAGCUUACCAAAAUAUCAGCCCAACAAAGAAAUUGAUUCAAAGGAUGAUGCUUGCUGUAGGUGAAGGUGUCUCAGAGAGCCUGGCUCCAUGUCAAGGACUACAAAUACUAAUCAUAUUUGUUAAUUUCAAAAUCGAAUUUUAUGUUAGGACAUGUGAGUUUGAGAUACUCACUGACCUAGAGGGAUCUUUUCAUGUUACUCGUGCUUCUGAAAUAAGUAGGGAUGCAUUGUGUCACUCUUUCUGCUACUCAUUUGUACUCCUUACAUGACUGGUUUUGCUUAAGUUAUAAAAGUUCUGUUAGGUACAGAGAUGUCCUUUUCACUUCAACGAU